AGGAGGAUCCUGAGCUGGGUCGGAUUGGAUCAAAGUGGCAAAGUAAGGAGGUCGAAGGAGAGAUAGGAGGGCUAGGCCAUAGACGGCGCCUGGUGCUUGGAAAACCCAUGGAGACUAGAAGCUCAAAGAAACACAAAGAGGGUUUUAGUGGCGAUGGAGGCGGCGCCCAAGGGGCUAAUUUUGGAGGUGGCCAUAGUCUCGGGAUCUUCGUUGAGGCCGACAAAACUUCCAUGGAAGGAGUAGAAGGUAGUGGAGCCAUGGAGCGUGGCGCCUAUGGUGAGGAAGGGAGAGGCGAUGGCAGUCCGCAAGGCAUGGGAGAGCCCAUGGGCGGCACCAGGGAUGCUACGGACGGCACCCAACUAGGCAGCCAAGAUAAGGGCAACGCCUUGUCUUUUUUGGGCACUGGGCCUACUUGGUCAGGUGGAGGCUUCAACCAUUUGGGCGCCGACUGUGCUAGAGAGAUUGGGCGAAAUGGAGGGGCAUGA